AUGUGUGAUGUCCUCGGGCCACCCUCCUUCGUUUGUCCUUUCCAGCGCUACCAUGUGUACAGGAGCAAGAGCGCAGUUUUCGUCUUCGGAAUUGACAAGGUACAGAAGGAGUAUAGCUGCUUACAGAUCCCCAAGCAGGAGGACUCGAACUCGACACUGGAGCUUCGUGAAGGAGAAGAACGCCAUGAGCUUGCAGGUUUACAAGCCCGAGUCGCUGACUUGAGGCAAAAGUACGGAUUGGAGGAGGUUGCUUUGAAGGCUUCCGGUCUAGUUGGCUUCAUCCGCUUCCUUUGUGGGCACUACCUCAUACUUAUCAAGACACACAAGAAGGUGGGCAAAAUCGGUCGUCACCAUGUGCUGUCGAUUGAGUCGACAACCUUGGUGCCGCUCUUUGGUGAUUCAAGCAAGAGGGAGGAGAAGAAUUUCAAGGACCAGCUCAACAACCUGAACCUCUCGAAGGAUUUUUAUUUCUCCUACUCCUACGAGCUCAGUCGCACGGUCCAGCAGAACCUGGCAGAUGCCAAGUGCGCUGCACGAGGUCAGCUCAGACCGUUGUAUGUGGAGAAGGAUGCCACAAAGCAUCACAGGUUUGUAUGGAACCACCACCACAUGAUGCCCUUUUUCGCCAACGAACGAUGGCAGCAUUGGUGCCUUUCGAUCAUUCACGGCUUCUUCGCGCAUACGAAAUGCUCCUCCUUUGGCUGGACCUUUGAAGUUGCACUGAUUGCCAGGCGCUCGCGAUUCUAUGCAGGAACGCGCUACCGAAAGCGUGGGCUGAAUGUGGAUGGCCAGGUCGGCAACGACGUUGAAACCGAACAGCUUCUUUGCGAUGAUUCUCUGCGUCAUCUGUCUACUGGCCACGUCAUGAGCUUCGUUCAGAUCCGCGGUAGCGUGCCGUUGUUUUGGUCGCAAGAAGCCACGGCCAUCAAUCCCAAGCCCCCGGUAGUUUAUCCGCGCUGCGACCCAACAUUGUCUGCCACACGGCGACACUUUGCCGACUUGCUUGAGAGGUAUGGUACUCCACAGCUUGUAGUCAACCUCAUGAAGGCCAAGAAGGUCGAUUCCUAUGAAGUUCGCUUGAGCAAGAACUUCGAGUCGGCCAUCGAGCGUAUGAAUCGUGAACUCCCAGAAAAACACAGGAUCCUGUACAGACCAUUUGACAUGAAAAACCAUGCAAAGUCGAACCCGACAAUCUACGAAGUCUUCGCACGUCUUGCUGAAUCCGUGGUGACAAGAGUGGGCUUCUUUCACACCAAAGCAGGACUACAGGGCCAGCCGGAGAGGCUUCAAAACGGCGUGGUCCGCACGAAUUGCGUGGACUGCCUGGACCGCACUAACGUCCUGCAGUUUUUUGUGGGCCUGGAGGUCCUCAAGCAGCAGCUGACGGCAAUGUGCCUCUUGCCCGAGCCAAAGAUGGAUUUCGAGAGCCAGGCAGUGUUCGUUCUGAGCGAGCUUUACGAUGUGAUGGGGGACCAUCUUGCAUUGCAGUAUGCUGGCUCUGUCGCCCACAAGAAAUACCAGCUGCUCGGCAGCCGUCCGCGCAUGAUGACAAGCUCAAAAGAGUUACUGACGUCCAUCCAUCGACACUACAACAACUCGUUUACCGAUCGCGAAAAACAGGCAUGCUUGAACCUUUUCCUCGGCCUGUACCAACCCUCCAUCCACCCAUCCAUGGAGAAGCUUGACUGUGAUUCUUGGGUUCACCACAAGGUCCUAAAGGAUGAUUAUAGCCCUGGGGAGUGGUGGGUCGAGCCGCUCGAGAAACAUCGCCAGAACCUCCUUCCUCUCCAAGCGAAGGAUCCCGAGUACAACACCAUGCUCACACAAGAUCGUUUGCAGAAAUGGUUUUGCCAGGUGCACAAGCCCGAGAAGUAUACCUGGUUCGAAAAGCUUCUUGCGAAUUCAGACGCAACCUUUGUACAGAUCAAUCCUGCAAAUCGCCCUUUGCGGACGGUGGGACCUUACAAGAAAUAUUUGGAACGCAAGCAGAAGGAAGCGAAGCAGAAUGAUGCGCCUGCAUCGAAGCCAAGCUUCUCACUGCAGCCGAUGUCGGCAGAGGAGACGGAGGUCUACCAAACGUAUGUCGACACCAAGCAGCUCAGCCGUUUGCUGUGGUUAGAGAGUACGGCAGUUGACCAGGAUCCUGAGUGCAACACCAUGCUGACGCAGGAUGGUUUGCAGAAAUGGUUUUGCCAGGUGCACAAGGCUGAGAAGUACACCGGGCUCGAAAAACCGAAUGCGGAUGCAACCUUUGUACAGGCCAAGAUCAACCCUGCGAAUCGUCCUUUGCGGACGGUGGGGCCCUACAAGACAUAUUUGGAACGCAAGCAGAAGGAAGCGAAGCAGAGUGACGCGCCUGCAUCGAAGCCAAGCUUCUCACUGCAGCCGAUGUCGGCAGAGGAGACGGAGGUCUACCAGACGUAUGUCGACACCAAGCAGCUCAGCCGUUUGCUGUGGCUGGAAAGUACGGCAGUUGACCAGGUGUUGGACACCGUGGCAUCGCGAGCAAGGCAGCUGGUGGCAGAUGAGGUUUCAGAAGCCGCUGCCAAUCUCAGCGCAGGAGCGAUAUUGCUGGACCAGACAAAGAGCAUGAACAAAAGUUCUGGCGAGAUUUGA